CAAAAAUAUUCCCAUUAACUUUGAUAGUUGGAUAAAAGUUCCAAAAUCAUAUAAGGAUGAUUGCUUUAACACUUUAAAGAAUCUAUUUCAUUUUCAGGCUUCAGAGUUGAUUGCUAAGCGUUAUUGUUCACUUGCCAUGUCAAGAAAGUAUAGGAAUGCAAAGAUGAAUAUGUGGAACCGUGUUUAUGACCCUUCAUUGUCAAGAGAACAGUUAAUUGCUAAAGUUCCUGAUGGUAUUCAUAAAGAUCAAUGGUCAUCAUUUGUUGACUAUCAUCUAAGGCCAAAUUAUCAGGAAUUGUGCAAAAAAAAUACUAAAGCAAGAAAAAAGCAAACGAUUCCACAUACUGGUGGUGCAAAAAUGUUGUCUAUGAAACAACAUGAGAUGGAGAAGAUGUCAACAGAAAUGUGUCAAAGUGACAACUCUAAUGAAAUUUCAACUAAUGAUAGUCUUAGUAAAGUGUUGGGAAAGGAUCAUGCUGGAUGUGUACGUUGCUUGGGAUUAGGAGGUCUACAUAGUGUGGCAUUUCAAUCAUCCACAAGAUUUAGUGGUGUAGGGUGCAGUUCUUCAAAUUCUGAUUCCACUGAAAAUUCUCAACUGAAAAAGGAAGUAAUUAGUUUGAAGGGUCAAUUGGCAAAUUCUCAAGAAAAUGUCAAGACAUUAAAAAAUGUCAUGCUUGCUUACAUACAAAUGAAGGAAGGACAUAUUCCUACUGAGUUAGAGGCUAUGUUUGGUAGUGGUAGUAGUAAUGUAGCGGAUGAAGGGAGUGGACAUGACAUGCCAACACCACAAGGAGGAUCUUCAUUAGAUAGCAAGAUUAACCAAAUUGAUGUAUGCAUCAUAUACUUCAUAGACAUCACAGCAGCAAGCAACGGCAAGGAAAUAUAUCCAAAAUUUGAACUUACGAGUUCAAUUCAAUUACUGUGUCAGCUUUUCUGGCUUCUAAAGCACAUACAUGCUUUAUUUCAAUUUUAAAAAGUAAUUUACCAAGAUUGAGAUACG